GACACCACCACCGCGAAACAUUUCCCGCGAUCUUGCCUUCCCGCGAGCGCGAAACCUCCCAAUCCGUUCCGCUCCCCACCUCGGCCGCGUAAUCCCACCCAUUCUGCGUGUCAAGCUAGGGUUUCUCCUCCCUCCCGCCCCCAUAGAUCCCCACACCAAGGCACGCGCUAGAGCCUAGAGGAGCUGCACGAUCCGAUGGCGCCGCUCUCAUGGCGGCACCAUACGCUGCUGCAGGCGCUGCUCUCCCGUGGACCGCUCUCGGAGCGAGACUUCCACGCCCUCUUCACCGCCAUCUCCGGCGGCAAGAACCCCGCCACUCACCAGCAACUAUUCAGUGAUACACUUAUGAAGAUCAACAAUGAGCUAGGGUAUUUACAAUUUGAUCUGCGAGCAUGUAUAAACCAGUAUGAUGGAACAGUUUAUUAUGGAGUGGUCAACAACAUUUCUGAUGAAGAAUCGAAGCUUGGCUCCAAGUAUUCCGUACCACAGAUUGCAUUCUACAAGGGACUGUUAGAAGCAAUAGUUCAUGAAGCUGGAAAUGAUGGGAGCAUAACUAGUAUUGAAGCUCUCCACGUCCGGAUUGACAACCAGGUCGUGAUUGCGGAUGGUACACAAGACACUCAAUCUCGUCUUCCUUCUUCUAUCACAAAUUUCUUGUUCUCUCAAAAGGAAAAGACUCUUACUGAACUGAUACAAGAUCGUUGGCUGGCGUACACCUCGGAGGGCAAGAUUGGUCUUGGUAUCAGAUCAUUUCUUGAUCUCCGGAGCUGGUUUCGCAGCAAUGAUAUCCCAUCAUGCGAGGUUUGCAAUGAAGCUGGUAUAAAGGCAUCAACUUGUUCCAAGGAGGGAUGCAAUGUGAGAAUCCAUAUCUACUGUCUGAAGAAGAAAUUUCCGCAGCGGAAGGCUUCGAGAGCUUGUCCCCAGUGUGCUACUGAAUGGCCCCAGCAGGAAGGCGAGGACGAGGGCGACGAGGAAGCGAACGAGCCCGGCGGGGAAGGUCAGGAGGGCCCAUCGGCCGACCCUCCUUCGAGGAGGAAACGCAGAGUCAAGGCUGAACUGGCGGAGGAAGCUGAAGAAGCAGGCCCGUCGACCGCGGUGCCCAGGAGAAGUUCGAGGAUGGCCAAAGCCGAGGAGGCAGCGGCUGCAGAUGCUUCACAGCCGGCCAGGUCCUCAAAGAGAAGGAAGAAAUGAUGGCUCUUUGUAGCAAGAUCGGCAAUGCAAUGCUGCUUUUGUCGUGUACAUAGCGUAGCUGGUAUCACCAUGCGGUCCUUCUGAAGAAGUAGCUGGUAUCACUAUGCUGGUGGUUUCUGCCUUCCUGGAGUUACUUGCUUGACCUUCUCUGCUUGCCCGUUUGCCGCCUGGCUUUAGCCAGCUGGGAAGACAAGGACAAGGACGGCCUCUGUUAGUUUAAGUAGGAGGAUGAUUAUUAUAUAUGCCAUUCAGGUGUUGCAUUGCA